AAAUUUUUUACAUUACGGUCGCUUCUGUUAAUAAAGAUCAAUAAAAUUUCUCACGAAAAUGAUCCAAUUAGAAUUCAUCAAAUUCAUAUGGUAUGACUUUUUUUUAUUUGUAUUUUUUUCUUUUUAUAUAUUUUAAAAAUUUUAAAAAUUUUUCAACGAUUUUAUUUUUUAGAAUUUUAAUUCAAAAUUUUCUCUCCUGCUCGGACCAUUUACUGCCCAUUUAUGGAAUGACCAACAUUGCACUUUACUUCAAGUGCCCCUUCGGAAGGUUGUUUCGAGUUCCAGUGUUGUUAUGAAUUUUUUUUCGAUACUGGGCCAAAGGCGUGACAUUACUACGAGUAAUCAUUUUUUAUUUGUUUGAGCUGUGAAAC